GUGAAAUUCCCUUGUCUCUUUUCAAUAUUUCUUCAUUGAGAGAAAUAAAUUUAGGUCGAAACAAUCUACAAGGUAAUAUCCCAAUAUCAAUUGGUACUGGGCGUUGCUUGAAAGAUUAGAUUUAAGUUACAACUCCUUUACAGGUGAAAUUCCAUCGUCUCUCUUCAACAUUUCUUCAUUAAUGGUAGUGUCUUUAACAAGAAACAAUUUAAAAGGUAGACUUCCAUCAUCCAUCGGCAAUUGCACGUUGUUGGAAUAUUUAUAUCUAGAACAAAACUCCUUAACAGGAGAAAUUCCAUCAUCUCUCUUUCGAAGUUCUUCUUUAAGAGAAGUGUAUUUAUCAGAGAACAGUUUAAAUGGCAGUCUCCCAAUGUCAAUUGGAAAUCAGACGAUGGUGGAAUAUUUAUAUCUUGAUUACAACUCCUUUACAGGUGAAAUUCCUCAAUCUAUUUUCAACAUGCCUUCUUUGAUAGAGGUUUAUCUUUCCAACAACCAUUUCAAUGGUAAUUUGCCAGAAGAGAUAUGUCAAGCGCUCUCUUCACUUGAAGUCUUUGUGGUUGUUAAUAAUCAUUUAGAAGGAAACAUUCCAAAAUCAAUAAGUAAUUGCUCCUCUUUGCUAGCCUUGUUUUUGGAUAUGAACUCAUUUUCAGGAUUUAUACCCAAGGAGAUAGGCAAUCUUGAUAAGCUUGAAGAAUUGGAUUUCUCAUCUAAUAAUUUCAAUGGACCCUUUCCUUCCCAUAUAUUCAACAUUUCCACAUUGACAUUUCUCUCCCUGGAAAAUAAUUCCUUCUCUGGUUUUCUCCCAUCAAAUUUUGGAAUUGGCCUUCCCAACCUGAAUAAAUUGCAGUUGGGACAUAAUCAAUUUAUUGGACAAAUUCCAAAUAGCAUCUCAAAUGCUUCUGAGCUCAUCAUGUUAGAUUUGCCAGGUAAUAAAUUUAGUGGAGUUAUACCCAAUGUACUCGGAAAUCUAACAAAACUGAUAGCAUUAUAUCUUGAUGGGAAUGAUUUGAAUGGGCCGAUUCCAAAUACAAUUAACAGAUUGCAAAGCCUUCAACAUUUAAGCCUCAGUAACAACAGAUUGCAAGGGCCGAUCAUAAACGAAUUGUGCCAAAUCAAAAGUUUGAGCGAGUUGUAUCUAGCCAACAACAUGUUUUCAGGAAUGAUUCCAAGGUGCCUCACAAAUACUUCUUUGCGAAAGUUGGAUUUUAGCUCAAACAAAUUAAUUUCUCAUGUACCCAUUUCUCUUUGGAGUCUUGAAGAUAUUUUGGUCUUAGACUUAUCCUCCAAUGCAUUGAGUGGAAGAAUUCCUCCCGAGGUAUCAAACUUGAAAUCAAUUAUAGUCUUGAAAUUGUCAAGAAAUCAAAUUACAGGAAACAUUCCUACAACCAUGGGUGGCUUGCAAACUUUGCUAAACCUAUCUUUGGCUCACAACAAAUUACAAGGGCCUAUUCCUGAAUCACUUGGUGGCAUGGUAAGCUUGGAGUUCUUGGAUCUCUCUCAAAAUCACUUGUCUGGUUUGAUUCCAAAGUCAUUGGAGUCACUUGUCUAUCUAAAAUACAUUAACCUUUCAUAUAAUUUGUUGCAAGGGGAAAUUCCAAAUGGUGGGCCUUUUGAAAAUUUUACAUUUGAUUCGUUUAUGAUGAAUAAAGAUCUUUGUGGAAAGUCCCAACUACUAGUCCGGCCAUGUAGAAAAGGAAAUAUACAUAACUCAAGUAAGGUUAUGUUGUUGUUAGAAUGCUCAUUGCCUGUCGUGGUUGUCAUUUUUGUUGCUUUAUGCAUAAUCCUUAUUAUAAUAAAGCAUAAGAGAGAUCAUGUUAAUGAUUCAGCCAACAAGGAUUUAAUACAUUUUGAGACACAAAUUAGGAUAUCCUAUUAUGAGCUUUUACGAGGAACAAAUGGGUUUAAUGAGAGUAAUCUUCUUGGAAAGGGAAGUUUUGGAUCAGUCUAUAGAGCUGUUUUGCCAAAUGGAAAGAUGGUUGCUGUCAAAGUAUUUAACUCAAGUCUAGAAGAAACAUCAAGGAGUUUUGACACUGAAUGUGCUACUUUGCGCAAUUUACGUCAUCGCAAUCUCACUAAGAUAAUCAGUGAUUGCUCAAAUGGUGAAUUUAAAUCCAUAAUAAUGGAAUUCAUGUCAAAUGGGAGUCUUGACAAAUGGUUACACUCUAAUAACUAUUAUUUAGACAUCCUACAAAGGUUGGAUAUUAUGAUUGAUGUGGCAGCUGCUUUAGAGUAUCUGCACCAUGGUUCUCCUACACCAGUUGUUCAUUGUGAUAUAAAACCAAGCAAUGUAUUGUUGGAUGAAGAUAUGGUGGCUCACCUUAGUGAUUUUGGCAUUGCCAAAUUGUUAGGUGAAGGACAAAUGGAAAUUUAUACCAAGACUUUGGCUACGAUAGGCUAUAUGGCACCAGAGUAUGGAUCAAAAGGAAUUGCUUCCAUUAAAGGAGAUGUGUAUAGUUACGGUAUUUUGUUGAUGGAAAUGCUUACAAGAAAGAAACCAACCAACGAGAUGUUUGUUGAAGGUAUGUGUUUGAAAGAUUGGGUUUGCAAAUCAACACCUCAUUCAAUUAUCAAUAUCGUAGAUGCCAAUUUGCUGCCCAGUGAUAGUCAAAAUAUUGACGGCAUAUUGUCACAUAUAUCAUCACUUCUUGAAUUGGCCUUAGAUUGUUGUUUUGAUGUACCUGAAGCACGGAUUAAUAUGGAAGAUGUGGUGGUAAUACUGAAAAAAACAAAGGCUCGUUUAUCAAAAGCGCUAAGAGUUACACCACUAACUACUUGAAUAAUUGUUAUUAAGUCAAUUUUUAUUAUUGUAAUAACAUCCAGAAAUGGAAUGAUGAUGUUUAAUUUUUUUGUGCUA